UGGCGGGUCGUGCGCUCCGGGGAGGCUCGGGGUCCGGCGCGUGGCGGCCGAUGGCGGAGCCCCGGGGCGAGCUCGAGCCUCUUUUGGGCCGGGCCCGUAGCGGCGGCAGCAGCGACUUCCCGCCGGGGCAGUUCGCUCAGGUGGGCCCGGGUGCCGGCGCUGGCCAGGACCUCUGCAUCAACCAGGCUGUGGUCUUCAUUGAAGAUGCCAUCGAGUACCGCUCCAUCUACCACCGAAUGGACUCUGGCUCGCUGUGGCUGUACCGCUGCUAUUACUCAAACUGGUGCCAGCGGGCUCUGAGUGCCGCCAUUUUCCUGAUCCUGGCUUUGGCUUUUGUGGAGACACCUUCCUCGUUCACCCGGACAGCAGACGUGCGCUACCGCCCUCGGCCCUGGGAGCCGCCCUGUGGCCUGACUGAGGGCGUGGAGGCGCUCUGCCUGCUGCUCUUCGUGGCCGACGUCUCCGUGAAGGGCUACCUGGUGGGGAGGGCCCAAUUCCAGAAGAAUCCGUGGCUGCUGGCCUACCUCGUGGUGCUGGUGGUGUCCCUGGUUGACUGGACGGUGUCCCUGGGCCUGGCUUGUCAGGAGCCGCUGCGCAUCCGCCGGCUGCUCCGCCCCUUCUUCCUGCUGCAGAACUCCUCCAUGAUGAAGAAGACACUGAAGUGCAUCCGGUGGUCGCUGCCCGAGAUGGCCAGCCUGGGCCAUGUUCUGUCUCUGCUUCUCUGUCCUGGGGUGUGUCUGCUGACUGGGGGACCCCUAGAUGAGGGGCAGGACAAGGAGAGACUGGCCUACUUCCGGAGCCUUCCAGAAGCCCUGACCUCCCUCCUGGUGCUGUUGACCACUGCCAACAACCCUGACGUGAUGACGCCUGCCUAUUCCAAGAACCGGGCCUAUGCCGUCUUCUUCAUCGUCUUCACCCUCAUCGGAAGCCUGUUUCUCAUGAACCUGCUGACUGCCAUCAUCUACAAUCAGUUCCGAGGCUACCUGAUGAAGUCCCUGCAGACCUCGCUGUUCCGCCGGCGGCUGGGGACCCUCGCUGCCUUCCAGGUCCUCUCCUCCCUGGCAGGGCAGGCUGGAGCUGUCCCCGAGGCAGUUGGUGUGAGGCCCCAGGAUGUGCUGCAGGUGCUCCAGAGAGCCCGGCUGGGCGGUUCCCACAAGCAGGCCCUUGUGGAGAAGGUGUGCGCCCAUGACGGUGACCUGCUGCUGGCUCACGAGUUCCAGAAACUCUUUGAUGAGGUGGACAAGAGUGUAAUCAAAGAGCACCCGCCCAGGCCCCAGUACCGGACCCCACUCCUGCGCACGGCCCAGUUCCUCUUCAGCCACCGCUACUUCGACUACCUGGGGAACCUCGUAGCUCUGGGAAACCUUGUGUCCAUUGGUGUGUUCCUGGUGCUGGACGAGGAUCUGCUGCCCACCGCGCGCAAUGACUUCGUGCUGGGGGUUCUCAACUAUGUCUUCCUCUUGUACUACGUCCUGGAGCUGCUGCUCAAGGUCCUGGCCCUGGGUCCUCGUGGCUACCUGUCCUACCCCAGCAACGUGUUCGAUGGCAUCCUCACCGUCCUCUUGCUGGUCCUGCAGAUCUCAGCCCUGGCUGUGUACCCGCUCCCUCAGGCCGGCAGGAAGCCGGAGGUGCUGGGUCUGCUGUCGCUGUGGGACCUGACGCGGCUGGUGAACAUGCUCAUCGUGUUCCGCUUCCUCCGCGUCAUCCCCAGAAUGAAGCCUAUGGCAGUGGUGGCCAGUACCAUCCUCGGCCUGGUGCAGAACUUGCGGGCGUUUGGUGGGAUCCUGGUGGUGGUGUACUACGUAUUCGCCAUUGUUGGGAUCAGCUUGUUUCGGGGUGCUGUUGUGGCUCCGGGGAACAGCAGUCUGGCCUCUGCCAACAUCUCGGCACCCUGUGGAAGCUUCGAGCAGCUGGAGUACUGGGCCAACAACUUCGAUGACUUUGCUGCCGCCCUGAUCACGCUGUGGAACGUGAUGGUGGUGAACAACUGGCAGGUGUUCCUGGAUGCCUACCGCCGCUACUCAGGCCCGUGGUCGAAGGUCUACUUUGUGCUCUGGUGGCUGGUGUCCUCCGUCAUCUGGGUCAACCUGUUUCUGGCACUGCUUCUCGAGAACUUCCUUCACAGGUGGGACCCGCGCGGCCACCAGCAGCCCCUGGCCGGCUCGCAGGAGGCCCCGUGCCAGGGCGCAGUGGAGCUCUUGUUCAGGGACGUGCUGGAGGAGCCCCGCGAGGAGGAGCUGCUGGACAGGCUGAGCCGGCACCCGCACCUGCAGCUGUCCAGGUGACGGCAGGCCUCGGGCCGGGCCCCGAGAAGGAGAUGCUGGCCCAGGACCCACGCUGGCUGUGGGGGAAGAGCGGGGGCAGGAGGAGGAGGAGG